AUGCGUGAAGAGCGUGCGAAAAGGUCUUUGUUAUUGGCCCAGCCUUUCGAGGCAGCCAACGUGCUGGAAGUCCACGACGAGAUGGAAGGGACCGGAUCCAGCAUCAACAAAGUCUGGCACUGGACACUCAAAACCGUGACAAAACCACGUUCAGACAGCCUCGAUGCAGCAGAGCAAGGCCGGGCGACGACCGUCGAAAACGAAAGCAUACCAGCUCACGACGAACGCACCCCUCUCCUCUCCACCAAAGCGAUUCCAUCCGACCCAUCCGAUACCACCCACAACAAGUCCCGAUGGAACUCCCUACACCUCCCCCACCUCAACCUCAUCCAGCUUACCUAUGGAACGCUCUUCGCACCCGUGUACGCAGUCUUGGCUCUCCUGCCUCUGCUCCCCUUCUGGAUCUUUGCAGCUUUUCUGGUCUAUCUGGUCGGUACGACGGCGAGCGAGAGUUUCUGGAUGUACUGUGGAUGCUUGGCCGUGUUGCUGCCCUUCAAUCUUAUUGGUACGGCGGUCAUUGUGAGGAGGGUGUGGAUGGAUUUGUAUGGGGAGGGAGACGGUGGGCCGUGA